AUGUUAUAUUUAAAUACAUUUUCAGAAAUAAAUAAACAAUAUGAGUAUUUGUUCAAUUUUUCAGCAUGCAACUGUCAUCCAGUUGGUGCAUCCGGUAAAACAUGCAAUCACACCACUGGCCAAUGUCCAUGCAAAGACGGCGUGACCGGGAUAACAUGCGACAGAUGCGCUAAAGGAUACCAACAAAGUAGAUCGCAGAUCGCGCCAUGCAUAAAAUUGCCUUCAAAGAUUUUCGUGAACCAAAUGUCGUCGGAUGCUCGUGCAGCAGAAAAUGAAGGAGGAGACGAAGGAGAUUAUGAUGAAGAUGACGAGGAUAACGAUCAAUGCGGCAAGUGUCGAUCCGGAACCAGGAGACUGAAUUUGAACAAGUACUGCCGUAGAGAUUACGCAAUAUUGGGAAAAAUGUCGGAGCCGAUAGUGUCUAAGAACUGGGCCAAAUUCACGAUGAACGUACAGUCAGUGUACAAGCGCAGCCAAGGGUCAAGACUUCGCAGGGGACCUACCACAUUCUGGAUACACGACAACGACCUGAAAUGCAAGUGUCCCAAAAUCAAGCCCGGAAGGCUUUACUUGAUUCUCGGCAAGGAGAACGACGGCGAACGGCGCGACGGACUGGUGUUGACGCAGAGAUCGAUAGUGAUCGAGUGGCGAGAAGAGUGGCACAACCGCAUGCGGCGGUUCCAGAGACGGGCCCAACACUGCGAUUAA